AUGCCUGCGCCAGGCGACCAAUACCACGGCGGCGACGUCAAGAACCCGUUCGAAGAACGCGUCGUGAAUGGCUUCACAGCACAGGAAAUUGCCACCCUGCAGAGCAGACUAAAUAAACAACUCGGCCCCGAAUUCAUAUCGCAGAGACCCGGAAAUGGUGGCGGCAAAGUGGCGUAUCUGGAGGGGAACAAGGCGAUAGCCCUCGCAAACGAGGUUUUUGGGUUCAACGGCUGGUCCAGCUCGCUGGGGCAGGUGCAGAUCGAUUAUGUCGAUGAGCAUCAGAAUGGCAAAGUCAGCCUCGGUCUCUCGAUAGUAGUGAGGAUCACUUUGAAGGACGGCACAUACCACGAGGACAUUGGCUACGGUUCCAUCGAGAAUGGGAAAGGCAAAGCUGCGUCGUUCGAGAAGGCAAAGAAGGAGGCAGCCACAGACGGCUUGAAACGCUCUUUACGCACGUUCGGAAACGUCCUCGGUAACUGCUUAUACGACAAAGAGUACCUGAAGAAAGUCCAAGCUAUGAAGGUUAAGCCCAUCAAGUUCGAGGAAGAUAACUUGUACCGGCAUGCGACCUUCGCACUACCUGCACAGGGAGAGCCGGGACUUGUGAAGCGGGAGCCGCAUAGGACGCCAAUCCGCCCGAAUCAGGUCUUGAGGACUCGUACCGAGCACUUAGGCGAGUCAGUGUCGGCGGACUUUGACGAUGAGUUUGACGGGAACUUGUUUGAUGAAGUGGACAUGACCGAGCAUCAUCGCGAUGAAUUCUCGUUCGAGGCGCCGUCUGCUUCAGAUACAGUAGCAACUAAGGCUAUCGAGGCAGCCAAACCACAAGGCGUGUCAUCCGCUCGCACAUCACCCAUUCGAAAUGCUGGCCCCCCUCGACAGCCUAAUCUCAGGAUGCAGCAGCCUACGUCCGCCGGGCGUGGCCAGCCUGGCAUGCAACAUCAACCAAACCAAGGACCCAAUAAGCCGCCGCCAAAUGCAUUAAAUCAGCGACAUCCGCAAACACCAGUCCAGCAGCAGAAUCAACAUCGACCAGACGCGAACCGUGGUCGGAUGCCUCCACCAGCUGGCGAAAACGGGGCCGCUGCGAGACAGACUGGUCAACCGCAGCAUAAUCCUCAACAACCUGCUCAGAACCAACCUCUUCGACCAACACCUCCGCAAGUACAACAACUACCUAACCCGCAGCGUCCUGGACCGCAAGUGCAAGGCACUACAACGCCCGCCGCGAAUGCGCCACCAUCAAACAACCGACCGUCAGUCGGCUUUGUAACAUCCCGUGCUGCCGAACUUUUGCAAGCUUCCGACACCCUGCCUUCUCUCAACCAUAUCCCGGCUUUCAAUCCUCACGUGGAAUCUCCCAUUCCGAAGGAGCAACGUACUCCUGGAGUUGAUCAUGCGCGGAGCGUCCCCAUCAAACGUGAAGCAGUGGGAGCUCCCCCUGCUCCGCAACCACCUGGUACAGCGGCACCACGACCCGCUGUACCAGGUGGAGCAGGAGCAGGCUUCGGACGCUCGACGAACUUUGUGAACCCACAUCAAGAUACCAACAGACGAAUCGGUGCGCCCAACUACGCUAUGAGUCCUACUGCAAAUCGGGGGGCAUACAAACCGCCUACCUUCGCGAACGGAGCCGGCCCGCCUAAUGGGCUAAAAAGGGAUAGGCCUGCGUUGCAGGAUGUCAGUAAUACGGGCACGAACGGAAAUGGGGUUGCGAGUGGCGAUGGCCCGGAUGCGAAGAAACAGAGGGUCGGAGGACAGGGAGUGGAGAAUGUUGCAGCCGUGGGUACCUAG